AUGGGCUUGCCGGUGGAUUUCGACGACAGACAAACACACAUCGAAUCUGAGGCUGAAUCAUACCAUCCCUAUGAUUACCAAACAGAGAACAACGGCUCAUGGGCUGGCGCCCUGCCGGUGAAGCAAGGAUUGUAUGAUCCUGAUUUGGAGAAGGAUGCCUGUGGUGUCGGUUUUGCCUGCCACAUCAAGGGCCAGGCAAGCCACAAGAUUGUCAGCGAUGCACGAAACCUUCUGUGCAACAUGACCCACCGUGGAGCGGUGGGUUCAGAUGCUCGAGAUGGUGAUGGCGCAGGUGUGAUGACUUCGAUCCCCCACAAGUUCUUCAUCAAGAACUUUGAGCGCGAGGUUGGCAUUAAGCUGCCGCCUCUGGGCCAGUACGCCGUGGGAAACCUUUUCUUUAAGCCGGACGAGGAGACUCUGCAGGAGUCAAAGAGGCAAUUGGAAGAUAUUGCCGACUCGUUGGGCCUCAGAGUCUUGGGCUGGCGUGAAGUACCCGUAGACUCUACUCUUCUUGGCCCCGCUGCCAAGUCCCGCGAGCCUACCAUUUUGCAACCCUUUGUCGUGCUUGCAUCUGCAUAUGGCUCUGGAGAUGCGCCUGAAACGACGGAUCCCGAGAAGUUCGAUGACAGAUACUUCGAGAGACAGCUCUAUGUGCUGCGAAAGCGUGCCACCCACACUAUCGGUCUCCAGAACUGGUUCUACUUGUGUUCCUUGUCAAACAGAAACAUUGUUUACAAGGGACAGCUUGCCCCUGUGCAGGUUUAUCAGUACUAUCACGAUCUGGUGAACGCUGACUAUCAAGUGCACUUUGCCCUGGUGCACUCCCGUUUCUCCACCAACACUUUCCCUUCAUGGGAUCGUGCGCAGCCUCUGCGAUGGGCAGCACACAACGGUGAGAUCAACACCCUCCGUGGUAACAAGAACUGGAUGCGCGCCCGAGAGGGUGUCAUGCAGUCUGACAUCUUCGGCGAUGAGCUCGAGCAGCUCUACCCCAUCGUUGAGGAUGGUGGUUCCGAUUCUGCUGCUUUCGACAACGUCUUGGAGCUGUUGACCAUCAACGGUGUCCUGUCUCUUCCCGAAGCCGUCAUGCUGAUGGUUCCGGAGGCAUGGCAAGGCAACACUGCCAUGGACCCUAAGAAGGCCGCAUUCUACGAGUGGGCAGCAUGCCAGAUGGAGCCGUGGGACGGCCCGGCCCUCUUCACCUUCGCUGAUGGUCGUUACUGCGGUGCCAACCUGGACCGAAACGGUCUGCGUCCCUGCCGUUACUACAUCAUGGAUGAUGACCGCAUCAUCUGCGCCUCCGAAGUUGGCACCAUCCCCAUUGAGCCCGAGAAGGUCAUCCAGAAGGGUCGUCUGCAGCCGGGUCGCAUGCUUCUUGUCGACACCAAGGCUGGACGCUUGAUUGACGAUGCGGAGCUCAAGGCUGCUGUCGCCAACCGAGCUGACUUCCGCUCGUGGAUCGACACCGAGCUUCUCACCAUGCCCAAGAUCCUCACCCAGUCGACUGAGUCAGGCCUGGACGUUGCUCCUAAGCCCGAUGCUACAAAGCUUCAAGAGGAUCCUCUCUUGUUGGCUUAUGGCUACACCCAUGAGCAAGUUAGCUUGCUGCUGGCUCCCAUGGCUUCUGACGAGAAGGAAGCUCUUGGCUCUAUGGGUAACGACGCUCCUCUGGCCUGCUUGUCUCAGGCUCCCCGUCUGCUGUACGAGUACUUCCGUCAGCUGUUUGCUCAGGUCACCAAUCCUCCCAUUGAUCCUAUCCGAGAGUCCGUUGUCAUGUCCCUUGACUGCUACGUCGGACCUCAAGGAAACCUGUUGGAGAUGGACUCGACCCAGUGUGGCCGUCUCCUGCUGCCCAGCCCCAUCCUGUCCAUCCCCGAGUUCAACUCUCUCACAAACAUGUCGAAGCUGUACCCCGACUGGACAGUCAAGACGAUUGACCUCACGUUCCCCAAGAAGGAUGGUGUUGCUGGUUACCUGAAGCACCUCGAGCACAUCUGCAACGAGACUACUGCCGCUAUCGAGGCACGCGACAGAAUCAUUGUCUUGUCCGACCGCAAGACAUCUGCCGACCGUGUGGCUGUGUCUGCUCUUCUGGCCUCUGGUAUGGUCCACCACCACCUUGUCAGCAACAAGUGGCGAUCCAUGGCUGCCAUCGUCGUCGAGACUGCCGAGGCUCGUGAAGUUCACCACAUGUGUGUUCUCCUCGGAUACGGUGCCGACGCCGUCAACCCUUACCUUGCCAUGGAAUGCAUCAUCAAGCUCAACCGCGAGGGUCUUAUCCGUAAGAAGCUCACCGACGAUGCUUUGAUUGCCAACUACAAGCACUCUUGCGAUGGUGGUAUCCUCAAGGUCAUGAGCAAGAUGGGUAUCUCCACUCUUGCCUCCUACAAGGGUGCUCAGAUUUUCGAGGCCCUCGGUAUCGAUGACGAUGUCGUUGAGAGAUGUUUCAAGGGAACUGCCUCCCGUAUCAAGGGUGCUACCUUUGAGAUCAUUGCUGAGGAUGCUUUCCGAUUCCACGAGAGAGGUUUCCCCUCCCGCGAGACCAUUGGCGUCACCGGUCUUCCGGAGUCUGGCGAGUACCAUUGGCGUGAUGGUGGCGAGGCUCACAUCAACGACCCCACCUCUAUUGCCAACAUCCAGGAUGCAGUCCGCACCAAGAACGACAAGUCCUACGAGGCAUACUCUCGAUCGGAGUACGAGCAGAUCAAGGCUUGCACGCUUCGUGGUAUGCUUGACUUCAAGUUUGACGAAUGUACGCCGAUCCCUAUUGAUCAGGUUGAGCCCUGGACCGAGAUCGUACGACGCUUCUGCACGGGUGCCAUGUCAUACGGUUCCAUCUCCAUGGAGUCUCACUCGACAUUGGCGGUUGCCAUGAACCGUCUCGGUGGCAAGUCCAACACCGGUGAAGGUGGUGAGGACCCCGAGCGAUCGCAGGUUAUGGCCAACGGUGACACCAUGAGAUCUGCCAUCAAGCAGAUUGCCUCUGGACGAUUCGGUGUCACCUCGGCUUACCUCGCUGACUCCGAUGAGCUCCAGAUCAAGAUGGCUCAGGGUGCCAAGCCCGGUGAGGGUGGUGAGCUUCCUGGACACAAGGUCUCCAAGUCUAUCGCCAGAACUCGUCACUCCACCCCUGGUGUCGGUCUGAUCUCACCUCCUCCUCACCACGAUAUCUACUCUAUUGAGGACUUGAAGCAACUGAUCUACGACCUGAAGUGCUCCAGCCCUCGGUCCAGAGUCUCUGUCAAGCUUGUCUCUGAGACCGGUGUCGGUAUCGUCGCCUCUGGUGUCGCCAAGGCCAAGGCCGACCACAUCCUGAUCUCUGGUCACGACGGUGGUACCGGUGCUUCCCGAUGGACCGGUAUCAAGUACGCCGGUCUUCCUUGGGAGUUGGGUCUCGCCGAGACCCACCAGACCCUUGUCCUCAACGACCUCCGUGGCCGUGUCGUUGUCCAGACUGAUGGUCAGCUCCGAACUGGUCGUGAUGUUGCCAUUGCCUGCUUGCUCGGUGCCGAGGAGUGGGGUUUCGCUACUACUCCCUUGAUCGCCAUGGGCUGUAUCAUGAUGAGGAAGUGCCAUUUGAACACUUGCCCCGUGGGAAUUGCUACGCAGGAUCCUGAGCUCCGCAAGAAGUUCACUGGUACUCCCGAGCAUGUCAUCAACUUCUUCUACUACGUCGCCAACGAGCUCCGUGCCAUCAUGGCCCAGCUUGGUUUCCGUACCAUCAACGAGAUGGUUGGUCAUGUAGAGGUCCUCAAGGUCAAGGAUGAGCUCCGAACCAACAAGACCGCCAACAUCGAUCUCUCCCUGAUCCUCACCCCUGCUCACAAGCUGCGUCCUGGCGUUGCCACCUUCAACGUCCGCAAGCAGGAUCACCGCCUCUAUGUCCGCCUGGACAACAAGCUCAUCUCAGAGGCUGAGUUGACUCUCGACAAGGGCCUGCCUAGCAGAAUCGAGUGUGACAUUGUCAACACUGACCGAGCGAUGGGUACAUCCCUGUCCUACCAAAUCUCUAAGAGAUAUGGUGAGGCUGGCCUGCCCCUGGACACCGUCCACGUCAACAUCAAGGGUUCCGCCGGUCAGUCAUUCGGUGCCUUCCUCGCACCCGGUAUCACCUUGGAGCUUGAGGGUGAUGCCAACGACUACGUCGGUAAGGGUCUUUCAGGUGGUCGCCUGAUCGUCUACCCUCCCCGAUCUGCUGUCUUCAAGGCUGAGGAGAACGUUCUGAUCGGUAACACCUGCUUGUAUGGUGCAACCCUCGGAACCUGUUUCUUCAGGGGUGUUGCCGCAGAGCGAUUUGCUGUCCGUAACUCCGGUGCGACUGCCGUCGUUGAGGGUGUUGGUGACCACGGUUGUGAGUACAUGACUGGUGGACGCGUUGUCGUCCUUGGCAGCACUGGCCGUAACUUCGCUGCUGGUAUGUCUGGUGGUAUCGCCUAUGUCCUUGACAUUCACCGCGACUUCAUGUCCAAGCUCAACAUGGAGAUGGUUGAAGCCUCGGAAGUUGAGGAUCCCACUGAGAUUGCCUUCCUGCGUGGCUUGAUCGAGGACCACCACCACUACACUGGAUCUGAGCUCGCCGCUCGUAUCCUGGUGGACUUCAACAGGGCGCUGCCCCGCUUCGUCAAGGUCCUUCCCGUCGACUACAAGAGAGUCCUCGAAGAGGAAGCCGCCAAGGCCGCCGAGGCCAAGCGCGCCGAGUACAACCUGCCUGUCCUCCCUGGUUCCAAGCACAAGAAGGAGGAGAAGGGUGGCAAGCUCCAGGACAUGGAGGAGGCCGUCGGCGACAAUGCAGCUGAGAAGAAGCGCGCCCUCGUCUUGGACAAGACCAAGGGUUUCAUGAAGUACCAGCGCCGCUCGGAGAAGUACAGAAACGCCAAGACACGCACCAAGGAUUGGCAAGAGCUGUCCCAGCGUCUCGACGAGGACGAGCUCAAGUACCAGUCGGCCCGUUGCAUGGACUGUGGUGUUCCCUUCUGCCAAUCUGAGACCGGUUGCCCGAUCUCCAACAUCAUCCCCAAAUGGAACGAAUUGGUCUUUCAAAAUCAGUGGCAAGAUGCCCUGAACCGCCUGUUGAUGACCAACAACUUCCCCGAGUUCACUGGUCGUGUCUGCCCUGCUCCUUGCGAGGGCGCCUGUGUGCUCGGCAUCAACGAGGACCCCGUCGGCAUCAAGUCGAUCGAGUGUGCCAUCAUCGACAGAGGCUUCGAGAUGGGCUGGAUGGUUCCUCAGCCGCCCAAGGUACGCACUGGCAAGACCAUCGCCAUCGUUGGCUCUGGUCCCGCCGGUCUGGCCUGUGCCGACCAGCUCAACCGGGCUGGACACACUGUCACGGUCUACGAGCGUGCUGACAGGCCUGGGGGUCUGCUCAUGUACGGUAUCCCCAACAUGAAGCUCGACAAGCGCAUUGUCAAGAGACGUACCGACUUCAUGGCCGCCGAAGGCAUCAUCUUCAAGACCGGCGUUGCCAUUGGCGAGGACAUCUCCCUGUCCGACCUCAAGGCCCAGAACGACGCCGUCGUCAUUGCCACUGGUGCCACUGUUGCCCGUGACCUUCCCAUCAAGGGCCGCAACCUGGAGGGUAUCCACUUUGCCAUGGAGUUCCUGCACAAGAACACCAAGUCCCUGCUCGACUCGGAGCUGCAGGACGGCGCCUACCUCUCGGCCAAGGACAAGGACGUGGUCGUCAUUGGUGGUGGUGAUACCGGAAACGACUGCAUUGGUACCUCGGUCCGUCACGGCGCCAAGUCGGUCAUCAACUUCGAACUUCUGCCGCAGCCGCCGCCCCAGCGUGGCAACGACAACCCCUGGCCCCAGUGGCCUCGUAUCUACCGUGUCGACUACGGUCACACCGAGGUCAAGCAACACAUGGGCAAGGACCCCCGCGAGUACUGCAUCAUGUCGGAGGAGUUCGUCGACGACGGCACUGGCCGCGUCAAGGGCAUCAACACGAUCCGUGUCGAGUGGACCAAGUCUGCCUCGGGCGGCUGGGACAUGAAGAAGCUGGAGGACACCAAGCAGUUCUUCCCCGCCGACCUGGUGCUCCUGUCGAUGGGUUUCCUCGGCCCCGAGGCCCGCGUGCUCGGCGAGGAGAUCGAGAAGGACGCCAGGAAGAACGUCAAGACCCCGGCUGGCUCGUACGCCACCAACGUUCCCGGCAUCUUCGCCGCUGGUGACUGCCGCCGCGGACAGUCGCUCAUCGUCUGGGGCAUCAACGAAGGACGACAGGCUGCCCGCGAGGUCGAUCUGUUCCUCGAGAAGUGCACCAGCCUGCCGGUCACUGGUGGCAUCAUCAAGCGCACGGCCCAGGAGAUCUUCAGCGUCGCUGCGGCAUAA